GUAGGAGAAAAAGAAAGUGAAAGUAAAAUAAACAACAGGAAAGCCGCAUUGAGCAGACGAGGGUUCAGGGAUCUCUUCUCUCAAUGUUUAAACUCUGAUUUGUGUUGAAUAAUCUGUGUUUUUUUUGCGUUUAUCCGUGAUGUCUCGGGGUUCAAACGCUGGUUUUGACCGCCAUAUUACCAUCUUCUCUCCAGACGGACGCUUGUAUCAAGUCGAAUAUGCCUUUAAGGCCAUCAGUCAGAGCGGACUGACCUCCGUGGGCAUCCGAGGACAAGAAUGCGCUGUCGUGGUCACACAAAAGAAAAUUCCGGACAAGCUUCUGGAUGCUUCUACGAUUACAAACAUGUUCCGCCUCACGCCGCGCAUUGGGUGUGUGAUGACUGGACAUUAUGCUGACAGCCGCUCUCAGGUGCACCGUGCCCGUGUGGAGGCUGGUGAGUGGAAGUAUAAGUUUGGGUACGACAUCACGGCAGACAUGUUGUGUCGGCGCAUCGCUGAUAUCUCGCAAGUUUACACACAAAAUGCUGAGAUGAGGCCUCUGGGCUGCUGUAUGAUGCUGAUAGCUGUGGAUCCUCAGCAAGGUCCCGUCCUGUAUAAGUGCGACCCGGCUGGGUAUUUCAGUGGUUUUCACGCCACGGCUGUUGGAGCCAAACAGACCGAGGCCAACAGCUAUUUGGAGAAAAAAAUGAAAAAAAAACCAGAGCUUACUUUCAACAGGACAGUGGAGCUGGCAAUCUCCUGCCUCUCAUCUGUCUUAUCGAUGGACUUUAAGGCCACUGAGCUGGAGGUGGGCGUGGUUAGUAAAGACAAGCCCAAAUUCAGAACUCUAAGCGAGGAGGAGAUUGAGACUCACCUGCUGGCGAUAGCAGAGAGGGAGUAGGCGUGCCUCUUUAAACCACGCCCACAAUAAUUUCUAGGAACACUCACCAUGUUGCAGUUUUUUUAAGUCCUAAACGAAAUUAAACAUCUGUCCCGAAAGAUUUUUUUUAUGAUUAUAUUCAUAUAUUUUUAUUAAAGACUUACAGCACAUCAGUGAAAUAAAACUCAACUCUUAGACUAAUAAA